UUUUUCCUUUUCCCGAUUUUAAUUUUAACGUUGGGAUAAAGUUUUUCUUUUUUUUGUUUUCUUUAUCACUUAAGACUCGUGAUGGCUGUCCUGUCACUAGCGUUACUACUUGUAGGAUUUGUAUUGACUUCAGCUGACAAGGCUGGUGAAGUAGAUAGAGAGGACCAGCUUAGGAGUCGGCUGAAGGAAUAUGGCCUCGUCACUCCGUUCAGCACAGACUCGCAUGGACACUACCUGUCACAUCUGCUCUCUGCCACUCACAAGCAGAGGGUCAAGAGAGAGGUGUUAUCUUCUAGUGAAUCUGAACAGAAACUCUUCUUCAACAUCUCUGUGUUCGGGAAGGAGUUCCACCUCCGUCUGCAUCCAAACAACAGGCUGGUGGCGCCAGGGGCUAUGGUGGAGUGGCAUGAUGAGGUUGAAGGUUUUGGGAACGUCAGUGACAGCACUGGUGGCAAUGCCAGUACAGGCGCCAACCAGACCGAACACACGGAGAUGGAGAGGAUACUGCGUCGUGAGCUGCUUAAGACAGACUGCACCUUUAUCGGUGACAUUACAGACGUCCCUGGGGCCACGGUUGCCAUUAACAACUGUGACGGACUGGCUGGGAUGAUCCGCACUGACUCAGAUGAGUACUUCAUUGAGCCGCUUGAGAGAGGCACUCAGGAGCUGGAGGACCAAGGCAGGGUCCACGUGGUUUACCGCAGAUCCGCUGUGUUGCAGGCCCCCUCCGAUAUCUCUGUGGACUACCAACUACAAGAACCAGAGCUGGAUGUACCUGGUACUCUUGACUCUGUAGCCCAGCAGAUCAAUGAGACAGUCCACCGCCGUCGCCGCCGUGAUGCUGGAGAGGAUGAUUACAACAUUGAAAUCCUGCUGGGUGUUGAUGACUCUGUGGUUCGGUUUCAUGGCAAGGAGCAUGUGCAGAAUUACCUCCUCACUCUCAUGAAUAUUGUCAAUGAGAUUUACCAUGAUGAGUCUCUGGGAGUCCACAUCAACGUUGUCCUGGUGAGAAUGAUCAUGCUGGGGUAUGCCAAGUCUAUCAGUCUCAUUGAAAGAGGCAACCCGUCACGGAGCCUCGAGAAUGUGUGCCGCUGGGCGUUUGUACAACAGAAAGGUGACCCUGAUCACGCGGAACACCACGACCACGCAAUUUUCCUCACUCGGCAGGGCUUCGGCCCUACAGGGAUGCAGGGUUAUGCUCCAGUCACAGGAAUGUGCCACCCAGUCAGGAGCUGCACCCUCAACCAUGAAGACGGCUUCUCUUCAGCCUUCGUUGUGGCUCACGAGACUGGACAUGUGUUGGGCAUGGAGCACGAUGGUCAAGGCAACCGCUGCGGGGACGAAACAGCGAUGGGAAGCGUAAUGGCUCCUCUGGUGCAGGCGGCCUUCCAUCGAUACCACUGGUCGAUGUGCAGCGGACAGGAGCUGAAGAGAUACAUCCACACAUAUGACUGUCUCUUGGAUGACCCCUUUAAACAUGACUGGCCGCAGCUUCCUGAACUUCCUGGCAUCAACUACUCGAUGGAUGAGCAGUGUCGGUUUGACUUUGGAGUGGGCUAUAAGAUCUGCACUUCAUUUCGCACAUUCGAUCCAUGUAAACAGCUGUGGUGCAGUCAUCCUGACAACCCUUACUUCUGCAAAACCAAGAAGGGGCCACCGCUUGAUGGGACAGAGUGUGCCCCUGGAAAAUGGUGCUAUAAAGGUCACUGCAUGUGGAAAAACCCUAAUCAGGUCAAGCAAGAUGGAGCUUGGGGCAUCUGGAGCAAAUAUGGCUCGUGCUCUCGCUCCUGUGGAACUGGAGUUCGCUUCCGGACGCGUCAGUGCAACAACCCAGCACCUUCCAACGGUGGCCAGGAUUGCCCAGGAGUAAAUUAUGAAUAUCAGCUGUGCAACACAGACGACUGCCCCAAGCACUUUGAAGAUUUCCGAGCCCAGCAGUGCCAGCUUCGCAACUCCCACUUUGAGUUCCAGAAUGCCAAACAUCAUUGGCUGCCCUACGAGCAUCCCGACGCCAGUAAGAGAUGCCACUUGUACUGCCAGUCAAAGGAGACAGGAGAUGUGGCAUACAUGAAGCAGCUGGUGCAUGAUGGGACACGAUGCUCCUACAAAGAUGCCUACAGUAUCUGCGUGCGUGGAGAGUGUGUGAAAGUUGGCUGUGACAGAGAGAUUGGCUCUAACAAAGUUGAGGACAAAUGUGGUGUGUGUGGUGGGGACAACUCCCACUGUCGCACUGUUAAAGGAACCUUCACCCGAACACCAAAGAAAGCUGGUUACCUUAAGAUGUUUCACAUUCCUCCUGGAGCUAGACAUGUGAUCAUCCAAGAACAUGAGGCCUCCCCUCAAAUUCUUGCAAUCAAGAACCAGGCAACGGGGCAUUACAUUCUCAAUGGGAAGGGAGAGGAGGUCAAGUCCAGAAGCUUCAUUGACUUGGGCGUGGAGUGGCACUACAUCAUCGAGGAGGACGUGGAGACACUACACACUGAUGGACCUCUGCAUGACCCAGUGGUGGUUCUGAUUAUACCCAAGGACAAUGAAACAAGGUCCACUUUAAUGUACAAGUACAUCAUCCAUGAAGAUUCAGUGCCUGUCAACAACAACAAUGUCAUCCAGGAAGACACUUAUGAAUGGGCUCUGAAGAGCUGGUCUCCAUGUUCCAAACCUUGUGCCGGAGGGUUUCAAUACACAAAGUAUGGAUGUCGAAAAAAAGGAGACACCAAAAUGGUCCAUCGAGGCUACUGCGAUGCCAACAAGAAGCCAAAACCCAUCCACAGAAUGUGUAAUCUUCAGGACUGUACACAGCCUCAAUGGAUCUCAGAGGAAUGGGAGCAUUGUACCAAAACCUGUGGCAGCCUGGGCUUUCAGAUCCGGACCGUUCGCUGUGUGCAAUUCCUCCAUGACAACACCAACCGCUCCGUGCACAGCAAGUACUGCAGCGGGGAGAAGCCAGAGAGCCGGAGGCCCUGUAACAGAGUUCCAUGUCCUGCCCAAUGGAGGACCGGAGCAUGGUCAGAGUGCUCUGUAACUUGUGGAGAAGGGAUGGAGAGGCGUCUUGUUACUUGCCGGAUUGGAGAUCAAUGUAAUGGAGAAAAACCUGAAAAUGUGAGACCCUGCAGACUGGGACCAUGCCACGAUGAGCCAUGUAAUGGCGAUAAAUCCAUCUUCUGCCAAAUGGAGGUCCUUGCACGAUACUGCUCUAUUCCAGGGUACAACAAGCUGUGCUGCGACUCCUGCAGCAAGCGCAGUGGAGCUCUGUCUCUGUUCUCAGAGGCGGCUGAGACGGAGGAGCAGGUCCGAUUUGGAUCAGCCUCCCAGCUGCUAGAGACACUAACAGCUUCUGUAGCAGCCAACAGCGUCCGCAACGGUAAACAAGGCUCAAGCAAAGGAUCCACCACAACAGGAAAUGCAGCGAAACAUGUCACCACCCCUGCCCCACUUAAGAAAACCCCAUCAAAGAUCACUACUGCUCCAAGACGGGUUUCACAACAUAUGGGUGUCACUAACAGGAAGCCCACUAUGGCGACAUCCCCCCUGGCAGAUCGUACUGAGGGUCAAAGGUCACGUAGCUCAUCAGAUAGUCGGUGGCCUACAGCAUAUUCUGAAGUGGGGAGAUGAAAAUGACACCCUUUCCCUUCAGGACUCUUAAUGUACAGUAGGUAAUCCAGCUUCAUCCUGAGUCUUCUCAUGCCAAAAACACCACAAAGAGAAAGAAAGAAAAGUGCUGGUUCACUUUGUUGUUAAGAAUUCCCCUUCCCUUUUGCCCCUGAUAUUGACUUUCAUAUUUUAUAUUGAGAGGAGAAAGUGAUACAAAUAUUUCAAGGUGAAGGGGCACAUGGCCCGAAGGGAAUUUUACAUACCAAAUAAAAAAUUUAAUGAAACACAUCUGCGGUACUUCACAGUGAAUAAUUUUUGGGAUACAAAAUAGCCAACAGACAGAUUACUUAAAUGAAAGAAGUGUCUAUUUUGCUACACUGGCCCCAAACUUCAAACAUCUCAGUACAUAUUACUAAGAAAUGGUUGCUUAAUUUCAGCCAAACUCUGACUUACUUUUUGACCCAACUAGUCUGGAAGCUUUACAUUUCUGCUCUCAUUGGUCUUUUCUCUGGUCUUUUUAUUUAAUGAACCAGGCCCCUGAUGUCUGCAGAGCAUUGCGGCGGCAAACGCUCGGCAGACAGCAAGAGAGAAAAUGUCAGCAGGUGUGCAGUCAUUAAAGCUGAUUCAAUUUGUGAAAAUUCAUGCAGAUUGAAUUCAUGAUCUGAUGCAGCUGAAAAUCCCCUUUUACUUGAAGAUUAUGAACUGCCAUUUUCUUGCCAAAAAAAAGCUUGACUGAUAGAAUUCAACUGUCCCAGUACAUGAGGAGUCAGUGCAUGUACAAUACCGAUCACUGGACUGGCCACAUAUGGAAUGUGGAGAGAUGAACCAGUGAAAACCAUGAGAAAAUGUUUUUAGUUGUAUAGAUUUUUUAUAUCCAGCAAUGUAUGUUUAAUGGCGCUCUACAGUUUCUAUGGAAAUGGGUAUUUAUAAAGGUUCCUGUAAAUACUGUACAUGAAAAUAUCAGUAUUAUUUUAAUAAGCUGAGGAUACUUUCAAAAACCCUUUUGAUCAAUUAGGAUAACAAUCAUAUUUCCUAAUGUUUACCUUUUCAGCAGUGGCAGUAAAUGGACCUUAACAGUACACUGUUACACUUGGAAUGCUGGUGCAAGGUUCUCUGGGGAAUAUUUUAAAUAUUAAACAUUUUGAGAAAUCUGCUUAUUUGUUUCCUUGCUAAGAAUGAGAUAAGAUUGAUACCACUUUCAUAUCUUUGCAGUAAAUAUGAAACAUCAGACAGGAGGCGCUUAGCAUAAAGAAUGGAAGCACUAGCUCAGUAGUUACUGUUAUAUUUUGUUUAAUCCGUUCACAACAGAAGAGUCAAACCAACACUAAUUAAAUCCUUAUGACAGAGCCAGGCUAGCUGUUUCCCCCACUAUGCUAAGUUAAUGUAAUAGCUGUCAGUUCAUGUUUGAAAUAAGAGUGGUAUCAAUCUACUCCUCCAACUUUUAGCAGGAAAGGAAUAAACACAUUCCUCAAAAUGUGAAACAGCUCCUUUAAGAAUGACAUUACUGUAUACACGUUACUUCAUCCCAGCCUUUACCUUUUUCUAAAUCAGAGAUUUGUAUGGUGCUAGCUGGCAGCAAUCUUUGUAUUGCCCACCUUGUCAAAGAUUUUGCUCAGAGGUUGUAGUUGUUAGGUCAAAAAAAGGAACUAACAUAUUUAACAAGGAAAUAUAUGUUAAAUAUAUCAUACAGAUUGCUCCUGUUCGGCUUGAACAGACUGAAAAAGGAUGUUUGUAUUGGAAACGCAUGUUUAGGACCUUUUUUACAUUCACAUAUAUUAUCAUUUCCAAACACUUAAAGCUUCAUUAAGCGUUUUUUGACCACUAGGGGGCAGAAAUACCCCCAAAACUAACUGACAGUACCACAGUCCUGAAGUACCUACUCACCUUCGCACUUUGCAAAUCGACAGUUGUAUGUUCACACAUCCAGCAAAAACAGAGCAAUAUUGAAUCUACCUGAUGAAUCUAAGUCCAAUAUUCACUCUCCUUUAACUCUGUUUUGGUCUUUACCAACUCCUGAGGGAAAUAUGUCUCUUUGGCACCUACAUGUUUUAUUUUCUUCACCAUCUGUUAGUUUAAUUCAGCUCUCUGCUGUUUGGUGCUUCAGAGUUGGGCAUUGAUUCUCAGCGGGUUCAGUACUGUGAGCAACCCUUUCACAUUACAGAGUCAUUUGAUCCAAUUGUAAUAUCAACAGUCUCGCUUAAUGGAGCUUUAAGCUCAUUACAUCUUUUCACAUUCAGUCUGAAUAAGGUUUUGUUGAGCAUUGUAUAAGAACAAAGACUCAUUGCAAGCACAAGAAGCUGGACAUUCAAAAGGAUAUUACUGUAUGUGGGACAUGUUUUUCCAUGUAUUUCCCAAAUGGCUUCUUUAUAUAUAUAUAGAUAUAUAUAUAUAUAUAUCUAUAUAUAUAUAUAUAUAUAUAUAUAAUAUAUAUAUAUAUAUAGAUAUAUAUAUAUACUGGAAGAAGAUUCAGGAGAGGAAAAAGCCAUUUAUUUACAAAAAAGAAAGUAUUUCCUCACAACCACCAUGCAUCUGACUGCAAUAGCAAAGACACAGUUUUGUGUUUUCAGCAAAGAAAGGGCUUGCAACUAUUCACACUCACUCCUGUGUGCCAAUGUAUAGUACAUGUAUAUAGCAUUGAGUACAUAAAUAUUUAUUGAAAAUUAAAGGGUUCUGCUUUGUUUUUACAUGUGCAUUGCAGCUGAUCAAUAAGCUGCAGCAGAUAAACCAUUGAAAACCAGUUCACAUUCAUUUUCUUUCAGCCUCAUUUUAAAAUAAAAAAAAACACGAUAGACUAGUAAUGACAUUGUUUUUUUUGCAAACAAUUAGAUGUAAAUAUACAUGCUCAAUUUUGAGAUAUUUUACUUGUUGUCAGAAAGCUGUCUUUUCACAGCUGUUUUGUAGAAGUUAUUAACAGAGCUGUCACGUCGCAGCGUCAUGUACUGACCAAACAAAUGCUUUAUUUUAACCAAUAAAACAUAAAUAGUAUAGUACCAGUAAACCAGUAAAGUUGUUUUUUUAUGCUGUUUGUAGUUGUCAAAAUUGUCUAACCAUUUUACAGUUUCCUCCUCUGUUCUUUUCACAUCCUUUACUUGCUGCCUAUACAACAUUGCUGCUAAUGUUAUACAGUGCUUGUAAUUAUAAAUAGGGUAGUUGUAGAUGUUACAUUGACAAUCCCUGAGCCUCAGACAGAUAUUACAGGAUUCUCCAUGUACUGUAUCAAUACCCCUAUGCUGUUUAUGCAUUGAAGUAUUAUGAUUGUCAUGACUGUCAGUCAUUCUCUGCUCUCUUCGCUUUUCUAUGUAUUUGUGUAGAUUGAAGUGUACACUACUGAUGCUGUUUGUUGUAAUGGGGAGCACAUAGCAAUUAAAGAUUAACUACUCGG